ACCAUUACUGCCAUUGGCGGACCUAGGCUUGGGCAACCUAGGUCACGUGACCCACUAAUAUUAAAAUAAUAAUAAUAAUAAUAAUUUUGAAAAAAAAAUAACGCUCUCUACUCUAUCUCUCUAUGGAAGUUGGAAAGCAGGGAAGUAGCAGCCAAAACACAAAACCUAAUCCCUGACUCCCUCUCUCUUCGGCGCAGCCACGCAGGCUGCAACCGGCCCACCAGCCACCGGCCCACCACUCCACCAGGUCAUCCGAGUUCCGACCACCGAAGACCGAACCCAGAUCCGUUCAUCCGUAGCAGAACCGAGUCAGUCCGUGGUCGCGGGGAUUCGGGGAAGAAGAACCGAGCAGCGUGAGUCGUGACCAGUCGCCGUUGAGCACCGAGGAAGAGGAGGAGCUGAGGAGCAGCGACUAGCCGAGCACCGACGGAGGAGUGGAGGAGGCGAGGACUCAAGGAGGAGCCGUCGUCGAGCAGUGCCUUCUGCCUAGGCUCGUGAGUCGUGAAUCGUGAUUUGAGUUUUGAGGGAUUUGGCACAUUAGCUCAAAACCAACCCCAAUACAAGAAUGUGGGUGAAACCAACAACAAUGUGACGGUAACAAAACAUGGUAAAAUUAACAUGAACUUGAGUUUACAAGUAGCCAAAAAGGUUCUAGAUAUUACACCAUCAGUUUACAGCAAAAACAUGGUUUGCUCUCCCUUUUCCAUUACCACCAUUCUCAACACCUUGGUCGCCGGCGCGAAAGGCAAAACAUUGGAGCAACUACUUAGCCUCCUUGAUUACAAUAACAUGGAAGAUGUCAAUGCUAUUGCCUGCAGAAUGGAGUCCAUUGCAAGAUCAAACAAUAUUCAUGGUAAAGGACCGAUAAUCGCUUCUGCAAAUGGAGUAUGGUUAGAUAGGAGAUUUUCUCUAAAUCCUUCCUACAAAGAACUUCUUCAAAGUUAUGCUUAUCAAACACAACUUAAGGUUGUGGAUUUCCAAGACCAGCCUGGACAAGCAGUGAAGGAUAUGAACUCAUGGGUGAAGGAACAAACAAAAGGGUUAAUACCACAAGUGCUUUCUCCAAAUCAUACUUUCAGAAAAGAUAUGACAAUGUUACUAGCCAAUGCGUUAUACUUCAAAGGAACUUGGGCUAAAACUUUUGAUCCAUCCAUGACCAAACCAGAAAAAUUCCAUCUCCUUAACGGAGAAACAAUUCAAGUAUCCUUCAUGCAAAAAUCAAAAUUUACCGAGAGUAGAUACUGUGGUGGUGAUGAUCGUCGGUACGAGUACGGCUCGUACAAGAAUUGCAAAGUUCUUAAGUUACCGUAUUUGGACGGUAAAUACGAUAAGAGAGCUUUCUCUAUGUACGUAUUUUUACCUAACAAAAAGUACGGACUCCCCGAACUAAUGAAGAGCAUCAAAUUUGACAACAACAUGUUUGAAAAAGGUCAAAUCAAGCUCGCUGAAGUUGAACUAGACCGGAUUUUAAUACCAAAAUUUAAAUUUGAGAGUACGAUUGAACUUUCCAACAUAAUGAAAACACUAGGGUUAACGCUACCGUUUGAGUUUCCCGGGGAGCUUACCGGGAUUUUAGACUCGACGAUAGAUGGUAGAUUGUUGUAUGUCUCGGAGAUCUUACAAAAGUGUCGUAUCGAGACAAAUGAAAAAGGGACAGAGGCUGCAUGUGUUAGCGCUAUGAGUGGAGGAUACGGAAGUAGGCCCCCCCGUGUUACACCACCCGUGGAAUUCGUUGCUGAUCAUCCAUUUAUGUUCAGACUUUUCGGGUGCUAUACUUUUCAUGGGUACGGUUCUUAAUCCUCGUCGUUAAGGAUUGAUCUAUGUCUAAAGAACGAAUUCAGUUUUAGCAAUAAUGUCUUGGUGUUUUUUUGGUAGUUCUAAUAGCAAGUGAUACAUUGAUAUAUUUACAUAAUAACAGUUGUGUUUUUUUUAUGUUAAUUUGCACCAUAAUUUACUUUACAAGUAUAAUUAUUACUACUUCUGGAAGCUCUUUGCUUUAGCUUUUUUUUAUUAGAAGCAUAAUUUAUUAAAUUAUAUGUUUGAUUUGAAAAUCAAAAUUUUUAUUUUGGAAGAAACCAAAACCAGUGGCUGGGUUUUUCCAAUUGAUCGUUUUAUUUUAAUUUUUAUUUUUUUUUAAUUAAAAUUACCGACCGUUCGGUCGGUAGGUUAUUUACCAACCACUUAAACGGGUAAUUUAACAACCCAUAAAUGGUAGGUAAAUUUUUGACGACAGUCGGUAAGGGUAUGCCGACAACCCUUUACGAUCGUUAGCGCUCGGUAACCAGUUUAACGACCACUGUUAAAUUUUGCCGACCGAUUUUGGCGGUCGUUGAAAUCCCGUUUUGUGUUGUAGUGUAGUAGUCCGAGACUUAAUCGUUCCUAUUUCUUGUGGUUGCAUUCACAAAGCUUAUCGUUUUUUUU